AUGUUCUGGUCGCUUGUGACUAUUUUACUCCCUUUAAUUCAGACUACUAAAUAUCUGAAGGCGACACCUGCUGCUGAUCAAAGCGUGGAGGCAAUUGAAAAGCUUAUACGGGAUGUUGCUCCAUUCAAACUGACAGCGGCAGAAACUAUGCAACUGAUAAAUCUUCGUCCAAGCACGACUACAGAGGUUCAACUGCUAAUUGAGGAGAGUGAAGAACGGUUAAAAACAGAAGAGAAACUUGAAUCUUUGGUGAACAUAGUGGUUGACUGCUUACCUUCACGACCAACCAGCAGUAUGGCUCAAUAA